GAGAGAGAGAGAGAGAGAGAGAUCCACACGUAAUCUACUUUGUGACGCUAUCCCGUUAAUGCGCUAAUGACGUUACAACAUUUUCCUGAAUUUGACGUCACGAUUCCCUUGGAACAAUUGCAAUAACAAGAUGGUGUCUCGGAAGUUUCAUGUUGCACACGUUCAAAAGAUUCAAUGGCAAAACCUGGUAUUUUGUUACUAAUAAUAUGCGCACUCUCCGCGGAAAUGAUGAUCGGAUUUGGUUAUGAUAACCGACAGUCAGAGGAAGGAACUCGUACCCAGCAUAUUGGGGAGCAGCUGUUCUACGCGCUGUUUGGGGUGGAGAAACUUCCGGUGUGUGUCUUUUGUGAUGAAGAGGACCAACACUCCCAACAAAUAAAUCAGUCAUUACUAGAUUCAGACCUGUACUUCACACUAUCUGUUGCUCUCUGUUGCUUUGUGAUGUUGCUGCUUUGCUCCGCUCUGCUGAUCAUCUUCGUCUGCCGUCAAAAGGCCUCUAAAGAUAAAGUUAUAGGGAAGAACAAAGGCAUUUCAGCAAAACGGAAAAUACCACAUAAGCCAGGCUUGUUCUCACCCAAAGAGCCGUCUACAGGGGGUACACCAAAAUCUACACGGCACCAUCGUCUGAGCUACAGUCCAAAGAUGAAGCGUAUUCGCCUGAUGGUCAGGAAGAAGCGUAAUGGUACCGUGCAGACUUUGGGCUUAUGUGUGGACAAUUUUGGAGACACGAACAAAAUUCAGUGUCUCGAAGAACGAAGAGAGAAACGAAGCAAAAAGGCGCUGGAGGACGAACCCUCUACAGAAGAUAUAUCUGAACAGCUUGAUGCUCUCCUGUGUGUGAAACCAAAUUGCCAGGAGCAUAACCAUAGAAAGAAGACCGUCGUCACGAAAACGAGGAAGACCGGUGUCUCAGGUCAAAACCACAACACAACUCACGUGAUCUCAAAACACAGCGAUGACACGAGUGUUCGAGAGGACGAAAGUGAUUGGGUGUUUGACCUUGGAACUCCUCAGCAUUCUUCCACCUUUGUUCAGUCUGACUCGCAGUCGUUUAUACGAUGUAAUCAGAACGGAUCCUCCGUGGACCCUUUCGCUGACAGGUCGUCUUGUGAUAAUGUUGGCUCGUCAGACGAACCUCGAAUCCCUUCCUACAAAUUUACUUACUAUAAUUCUACAUUGAGUCCGCCAUUAAUAGCAGAACCGAUUUCUGUAGAUUCUGAAAAGCAUUGCAAUGAGACCCCUGAAGGAUCCGGGCAACUGCAGGAGUUUCGUCCUACUAGUGCGGAUGAACGUAGUGCUUCAAUGGAUACUUCUUUGGAUCAAAGUCUGACGACCAAUUCUUUCUUGUCAGACGACUCGUCAAAUCUCGAAUCUUCCCUGGAUUCCACAAACUCAGGACUUAGUUUUCUCAAUUCCUUCCAGAAUUUUGCAAAUAGUUCCAGUUUGAGCAUACGAAGCGUCUUCGAGCGGACAACUAGCAGCGCUCAACAUCUAGCUGUGCAAACAGGCCGCGGAGCAAAAUAUGUGGGCCGAAAGACCGCGGAAGGAGCUGUUCGUCUGCGUCAGAAGACCGGAAAUGGAACACGCAUUGUUUUUGCCAAGACGGCAGACGGCGUUCAUUACGUCAUCGAGUGUGCCCGCAGUGGACGCAGGUGCGUGGUGAGAAAAAUCUGUGCUGCCGAGAAGUCUCUGCUCUGUGCUAUUGCUCGAGAAAAUCUGGACUGGUCUGUGCAUGAUUACAUGCGGGAAUUCGCCUGUUACGGAGAUGAAAUGAAUACAGCAGUACAUCUUGUGGCCGCCGUGCUGGUGAAGUCAUCUCUAGACAAAGCUCGCUCCUACGCACAGCGCCAUCUGGAUACAAACAACUCGUCAUCAGCAGACGACAUCUUCGCUUGCUCACAAAAAAGUGAACGUUUGAUUCUUGACGCUGGUUUUUUAGAGGAACUUGAGAAUAUCCAAAGAUUUGUCUAAACUUUGUAUAAUAACGCUCGUGGUAGAAUGAUACAUUAUACAUUUUCAUGCAAAUUGUGUCUUUUGCGUCGUUUGCAAUUAAUUUAUCCAUUUUAUUUAUAAGAAUAAUUUUAAGUAAGAGUUUUAAUUAAGUGAAAGUAAAGAUAAACAAAAGGUAAAAAUGUAUUAAACUGCAUUUUCAUAUAUUUUGUUUUGAUAUGUUCUCUCAAAAUGAAGUUAAAGACAAACAACACGUGUAAACAUAUUAUCAUGCCUCUAUCGAUUGGUCGUGUUUUAACCAUGAUCGAAUUAAUUAAUCAUA